GCUAGCCAGGGAGCUGAGUUGACCGAGAGCCUGGUGACCUUAAAUUGUCAAAAUAGUGGCUACGCAUAUUUGGGUCUUUAUUCAAACAUUUUAUUUUGUGUAAGAAAAGCCUCAUAGGCGAAGGUUUCACACUUCUUAAGGAACUGAAAGAUGACCCAUUUACUGUUCAGAGAUGCUUUCUGGGGCUACAAUUUUACCUGCCAUGCCGGCUAUGAGGCUCUGGUGCAACGCUUGCGAGAUGGAAGACAAAUGUGUAAAGAUGUGGAAGAACUGUUAAAGAUGAGGGCAUCGGCAGAGGAGAAGUAUGGGAGGGAAUUGGUGACCAUAGCCCGCAAAGCUGGAGGACAUGUAGAGAUCAGCACUCUGAAAGACUCCUUCGACCAACUAAAAACACAGAUGGAAAACAUUGGAAACUUUCACAUCCAAAUUUCGGAAGCAAUAAAAGAAGAGGUGAAAAAGGUAGAGGCAUUCAGGGAGCGGCAAAAAGAGCAGCGAAAGAAGUUUGAAAGCAUCAUGGAGAAAGUGCAGAAGGGAAAGUUAUCUUUGUUUAGGAAGACUAUGGAGUCAAAGAAAAACUAUGAGGUGAGAUGCAAAGAGGCAGACGAGGUUGAACAAGCAUCAGAAAAGACCACCGUUGCAGCCAAAAAUGAGGAAAAGUUCUUGGGGCGGAAGGAAGCAUACCAGAAAAAAAAGGUGCGCCAAAGAGCCAAGCAGUGCAGACAGGCAGCGUGUGAAGCAGAGAAGGUCUACUUGACCAACAUUGAAGAACUUGAAAGUGUUCGCCAGGACUGGGAGGAAACGCACAGAAGCUCGUGCGAGGUGUUCCAGCAAAUGGAGGGCGACCGCAUCAAUUUGCUGAGGUGCACCCUGUGGGACCAUUGCAAUCAUAUCUCAAUGCAGUGCGUCAAAGAUGACGAGUUCUUUGAGGAGGUCAGAAAGCACCUGGAGCACUGUGACAUCAUCACAGACAACAACUGCUUCAUUGAGAUGAAAAGGACAGGUUCGCAUCCACCAGAUCCCAUCGUAUUUGAAAGCUACUACCAGAAGGAAACCACGUCCUGUGAUGGAAAUGACUUUGGGGGCCGGGAAGACCGCAUGAGAAGAACCUCAGAUCGUCUACUGGGAGCUUCUAUGGAAAUAAAUGUUGUCAGUGACUCCUCAAAUAUGCCAUCUAGCGGUGAGGAUGGGGCAUAUGCGGCCCUACUAGGCCUCCAGCAACCAGCGGUGGACGAGGACGUCUACAUUGCACUUUACAACUACACUGCACAGGUAGAAGAUGAGCUGACAGUGAAAAGAGGCGACGUAGUGCAGGUCUUGGAGUGCGGCGAGGACGGCUGGUGGACAGUGGAGAGAAACGGGCAGGAGGGAAUCGUGCCAGGCAACUAUCUGGGCAAGCUCUGAAUAGACUCAUACCAAGCGGGUGGAUUAAACUAAAACAUUAUGAGUUACAUUUCAUCAUGGGGAAGCCAACAUAGAAAUGCAAAGUAAGUAUUUUAACAUAUUUAAACAAUUUGUUAUGUUAGUAUUGUAAUCACCUGUUUAAAUUUUGGCUGAAGGAUGUCUGCGUAAUUUUAUCUUGAAGUAAAAAAAAAAAUAUUAUAAUUAUAAAAAAAUGUUGCUUUGUAAAUGUAACCAUUGGUAGCAGUUUAGUUAUCUGUGAUAAUGGUUGACAGCUCAGGAUGCCUAUUGUGUUAAGUUAGCUUUAGCAUCAGUGUUAAAGAUAUUGUUUAAUGUGAUGUCAGUCCAGUUUGCAGACGUUUUUUUUUUUUUGUAAUAGUACUAUUUUUAUUUAACACCACACCUCCGUAGAUGACUUACGUGUUACAGUGCCCGUCAUUACAGCAGCACACACUGAUGGCAAAGCAGACUUUUUAAAUGCUAAAUUCUGAACUUUUUAACAAAAAAUACCGACACAUUAAAAAGCUUUCCCACACUCCCAAGGAAGAGUAAUAUCAGGAUUUUUUUUUUUUUUUUUUUAACAUUGCAUGUGUUUUUGUGGACGGAAAAAAAAAAAAUCAAUGCUACCAUCACAGAAUUCUUAGGUGAAACAAUAAAUGAGUAGUCGUCAAACUGAAAUGCAUGACUUUAUUUAGUUCAUGUUCAAAGCUAUACACAAUUUGUUGGGGAGGUUUUCCACAGCUCCAGCAAAAUAUUCUGGGUUUGAUUUACUGUAUGUAACAGCUCCAAGUAAACAAAAACAGCACAAUUCACAGAAAAAUAACUAUAUCUAAAAUAAAUCAUUCCCACUAGUGGAAGUUUUUGACAUACAAACUUGAAAGCGGAAACAUAAGGGUAAGAUUAAUACUGAUUUUACACCCACUUACAACACUGGGGAUUAACUAACUCGCACUCAAUAUACAGUAUAUUCACAGUGCUUCAACAGUGAAGCGGAUUCAGAUGUAAAUUCACAGCAUGAAAAUGAAAUGGGGAAAAGUAUAUACUUCGUUGCUAAAUCAGUUUUGAUGGGAAGGGGGAAAAACAUUUCUCUUUUGUUUCCUGCAUAAAAAAAACAAGUCUUCAAAACUGCAAUCAGUACGACGUAGCACAGAAAGAAAAUUAUAAACAAUCUGUUCUCAAAUUUAGUAGGCUUUUGAACAUCCUGUAACAGAAUCUAGUGUUAUUAAUGUCAAGUUUGAGGACUUAUGUCAUUUGAAUUUUGAGUUUUAUACGUUUUUUUCCCGCAAAAAUUAUUCAUCUUUCCCCACACAAGUCGUGAUUCUAUUGUGACGUCAACAAACUUCUGUAGACCUCAUCUCAACUAAUUUCAAAUAGUUUAUUUGCAUAUUGGCAGCUCUUACUCCAAAUGAAGGACUAGCUUAACAAGGUCUGGUGGUGCUAGUUUUACCACAGGCCUGAGAAACUAUAUUUCAUACGGCCAAGACUGAUUAAAAGAGAAAUUAAUGUGAAGGUGGACUCCCCCUUCAACCACAAGCUUCUAAAUUUUUGUUCAAUUUCCUACUAAGUACUCAGGAGUGCCCAUUUGCCCUUCACACUUCCAACUACGACUUAACACAAAGGUGCCGAGUUAAUUUUUUUCUCUUUUUGACAUUCCGAGUGAAUGAGUUUAUUUUUAAAAGACUACACAAUGUUGAUAGCCAUUUACACGCUGGCUUUUUAAAGCAUGUCAGUGUCAGGAGAAGAACGUAAAAGAGCUUACAAAGCAUGUUAAUAAUAGGAAUAAAUAGGUGGCUCCUCGUGUUGGGACCACGUUGCCAGUGUUCGCUACUUAUUGGAUUGUGCAAGGUGUGCUUGAGUUUAUAUACUUCAGCUUAAAUACAGAACUACUGCAGAAAUCUACCGUGAUGUGGUGACGAUCGCCUUCCGAUGGUGGCCGUACGAGUCCUUCACGCGUAGCUGUUGGUGGUGACCAGCAGCUCGUAUGCAGGGUCGUGACUUCGCCUACAGAGCACCACGCAAGCGCAAAGCAUGCCCAGCAUCUGUCAGCACAGACAAGAGGAGUCUGUAAAACUUUGUAGUAUAUACUUUUCCAACAGACUAGAAGUUAUCACAUGAUUUUAAUAGCUUUUAAAAAGUGUACUGUAGCAUGAGAAUGAUGCGUUGUACAGUAGAAUUAUUAAUAUUAGUUUUAGUUUCACAAGGAAAGCAGUAAUGCACAAGAAAUGUUAUGAGUAAUAAUUCAUAAUACUAGCAGAAUUAAAAAAAAUUGCACCAAUAAAGACAACAGUUGCCACUCGAUAAACUAUAAAAGUAUGAAAAAGAAUUGUCAUUAAAAAAAUUAUGUCAUUGAAAUUAGUAAUGUGAAUAAUUUUGUAAUAGUGUAUUUCAGUGUACAAAAAUAAAGUCGUUAUAUUACAGGAAAUUAUGGCAAUAAAUUUUUAAUGUCAAACAAUACUGGAAUUUGAAGACAUAAAAGUUUUGAUAUUAAAUAGAAAAAAAAGUUAAACGUAAUUAAAAAGUACUUUUACACUAAAGGAGAUGAAAUUCCAAUACAAAGUACAUGUGAUGCAACUAGAACUAACGGACAGUACAUUAUUUCCCUCCCAAAACAAAAAUGGGGACAGAAUAUAAAUAAAUCGAAUUUUUAUACAAUCUUUUAUAUUAACACAGUCAAAAUACUAUAAGUGUAAAGUCGUAUUAUUAAGAGAAGAAAAAUACAAUUUCAUAACGACAAAGUCGUAAUAUUAAAAAAAAAAAAAAAAAAGGACCAAAAAUAACAAAAAAUUAAACAAUAUAGUCAAACUACUACGUUAACCAUGCCUUCAUUUUCCAUGAAUAAAUUUAUUAAGAUGAAAUCGAACAUUGUGUAAUUAUUCUUUUAAUAAAACUUAUAAAAUAAUACAACUUGAAUUAUAAAUGAGAAUAAUUUUGAUUUUAAAAAAGUCAUAAAAAAGAGGAAUAUUUCUAGAUGAAUUACGUUAUGAGCCGCAAUCUUGCUCACAAUAUUUCUUAAUGUUAGUUCCAGAAUGCAAAAAUAUUUGAACAUGAAUUUACAUUAAACAAUAUACUGUAUUUUUCGGACUAUA